UAGUUCUAUUUUAACUUUAUUCUUUUUUUAAUCAUUUGAGAUUUGCUCAUUUGGUGUAUUUCGGAUGAUUUGCAAUCUUUACAGUUUCAUCAUACGAUUUUAUAUACAUGAUUCACAGCACUUUGAGAACAACAGUUUAUUUUGUUACACGAUUUUUCUUACAGCAAAAAACUCCUUCUUUCUGGUUGUUAACGUCAACAAAGUUAUCUGUACUUGUAGGUCAUUUGAGGAUUAUGUUGAUGACACCACGAAGCCUACAACGAAUGUCUGUGCUGGUGCGUAUUUAUUUAUAGAGCCCACAAGUCUCACAGCUUUUUUGAGAACCUUAUAAUGUUACUGCCCCUCAAAUAAAUUCGAGAUAUAUUCGAAAGAUCACUUGCCUGCUAUAAUUGGUAAAAGGCUAUAUCACUCUUGUUCUAUUCACUUCACCCAACUCUCAUCAUUAACAUGGAUUGAUUGAAUUAUCUCUAAAUAUGGCAACUUUUGAUUGAACUCAACUAGUGGUCGGAGAACUUCUAGUGGUCGGAGAACGCAACACACAGAAGCGCUAUAGCAGCGUGCUUGUAGGCGUUGCCAAUCAGUUAACGGCGCAGGAGUCAACAUCGAGCUGACUUUGACAAGUAGGAACUGACACUGACCGUGUUGAAGUUUAUGUUGUUCACCAACAGGAGCACACACAUCUGAGAGAGCGCCAUCAUCCUCUCAUACACAUCUGUGAGAGCACCAUCAUCCUCUCAUACACAACUGUGAGAGCACCAUCAUCCUCUCACACACAUCUGUGAGAGCACCAUCCCAGUGAUUCUGCAGGAGCACACACAUCUGUGAGAGCACCAUCCCAGUGAUUCUGCAGGAGCACACACAUCUGUGAGAGCACCAUCCCAGUGAUUCUGCAGGAGCAUACACAUCAGUGAUCUCUGGUCCUGUCUGCAGGAAGCACACACAGCCGCUAGAGCACCAUGCCAAUGACGGAGCAGCGAUAGCAUGGCCCUCUGGGAUGGUACUACAAACCAGUGCAGUAUGGAGCCCGCAGAUGCUGGUGUCUCCACUGCUACCCUAGAGUCAGACAUCUAUCGCAGUUUGCAGGCCGUGCUCAGAGAGCUGGACAGCAUACACUCCACUGUUGUGGUCAACAAAGGGAUGUUGCGAUGGACUCUUCACAAAAAGGUUCAGAAGCAUCCACAGUACAGCCUGCUCUUAGUCAAAGUGGCCAUCAAGGAACUAGAGAAAGCAGAAAGGCUGGACUGCAAACUGCACAUCAUCCCCCUGCUUCACACCCUGAUCUAUGCCAUCAUACAGACGACGUACAUUCCUGAUGACCUCUACAAGAGAGUGUAUGACUUCUGCAAGAGGCUGCUGACACUACCUCAGCCGUACUGCUCCGUGGGCCUCACCUACUCCAGACAGAUGAAAAUGGAGCGGGGCACCCCAGGUGUUCUAUACCAAAGGAUGCUUGUUUCGGAACACAGCCUAAAGAAUGACAGCUAUCCUCUUCAGAAGAAGGUGUUUGUGUUCGCCGACCCGGCCGUGCUCUCUGGCUCCAUGGGGAAGUUCCUGAGGGUUGACAUCGAGUCGGGCCGAGGGUUCCAGAACCCGCUGGGCCUCAUGCGCUCGGCGGUGCAGCACACCCUCCAGGCGGUGCUGGGGGAGGAGCGGUGCCGGGGCGCGGUGCUGACCCAGGCCCUGCAGGGUCAGUCGUUACAGGAUGUCGAGCCGUACUUCCAGGAAGUGUUGGCGUCAGUGGAACAGAGUGCUGAGGCAGGCCGGGGGGGCGGGGGGUCCCACCUGACUGACAGGCUGCAGCAGCUCUACACCGAGAUCGUCAGCGCUGCUGAGCAAGAUCCAGUGUCCCCCGGGUCUCUGUGUGACGUUCCGCUUCCCAAUCCGGAGAUGAGCUUCCACGUUUGGACUGAGGAGGAAGACCUCUGGAGAGAGCUGACCAAGUUUGUCCGCUCCAAUUCCUUCUGUGAGCCCUUCUCAUUCCCGGACGACUUCAUGACCGACCUAUCGAGCGACCUGGACCCCGAGAUGCCCCGGCACUCCGUCAUAUCGACCGACAGUGGCAUCGAGCGCGACCUGCCGGAGGCGGAGAACGCGGCGCCGACGUGCGGGCGCCUGACGCGCCGCGGGGGCAUGAAGGUGAAGCCCUCGGUGACGGACAGCGUGGCGCUCAUGCAGGACGUGCUGGGCGAGACGGACACGUACGUCUGGGGCUCGGCGGGCGGCGGGUCGGGCACCCUGCAGAGACGGGCGGGCACCAGCGCCAGCGCCACGGCCUUCCCCAAACAGCAGCGCACCUUCACGGCUUGCAUCGUCCUGAUGGGGGAUGACAGGGUGCUGGGCAGGAUGGCCAGGGCUUACUACUGGUUCAGGAAAAGGGAAGCAAGGCGACAGUUCCUCACCACCAAAGUCGACCUGCAGAUGUACUACAUUCCUGUUUCUGAUCAGCCCAGCUCUCCAGCCAAAGAAAAUACCUCAUCCUUGAAGAGCAACUCCUGCUCGGUGGCUUCCUACUUGGGUAUGGCGGAUCCGUGGUAUGAGUGCAACAUAAACAGUCUGGGCCACAUGAUUCCCAAGCUUGCCGAAACGCAUUGCAGCCCUGGCAUGACCUGCGAGCCCAACCCCUUCCUGUCUGAUGUCAUCUCUUACUACGUGCGCACCGGACUCCAACCGGUCUACUUCACCAUCUAUUACAUCAAGAUCUCAUUUUCGAACCUCACGAAAGAGCCAGUAGAGGAAGUGUUCCUCUCUCAUCUGGAAGUAGACUUCCCUGAUUUUAGAAACCUCCAAGCCUCUUUGAAAGACAUGUCAAUGAGACAGAAGAGGAACUCUCCGGAAGCGUAUGGUGCCGCCAUAUCGGUGAACUACAGAAAGGUGUCGCUAAGCAACAGGGAGGCUGACAAAGCACUGUCACUGAGGGUGUCUGGGGUUCAGAUCUGUGCCAUUCCCCCCAACGAAACCGAAGAUCUCAACUGUCUUACUGUUAACUUUACUGAUUCAAAACCCAAAAGCAGCUUGGAACCAAAGAUUAGGACCUGCGACAUUAAAAUCAGGUCUCUAGAAAGAGCGACGUUUACUGUUUGCCUUGACAAUGACUCGCGCAGGACUUUCAAAGAUGUUCAAAGUAUUGAGAUUAGUCCUUGUCUCGAUCCUGGAUACUGCAUUCAGAAGACAGUGAGGUCUAAGUUUAACGUCGAGGAGGACAGUGAAGCUGGACUUAGCAAAUAUAUAAACAAGCGUUUGUCACUGCCCAUCAACACAUUUGCUGGCAUCAUUCAUUGACAAAAAGACUUGGACACCAGGCGUGAUAAAGUAGACACCUCUACUGGUUGCUUUAUUGAUGUGAAGGCCUCAGAACUCCUGUAGACAUAUCCUGACAUUGACAAGUUCCGGCCCAGUCACUUCCUGUCUCUGAUGGACGACCGUUUAUGAGAUAUGAGACUUUUCACAGGCAACAGACUUUGAAGAACACCAAUACUGA